AGAAAUGGAUGUCGCUGUAUUGAAUUUGGUUCAUUUGAGAUUGACACAUGGUACUCUUCUCCAUAUCCUGAGGAAUUUCAGCGGCUUCGGAAAAUAUACAUCUGUGAAUUCUGCUUAAAAUAUAUGAAGAGCCAGACUGUGCUAAGACGACAUGUGGUAUGUAAAAGUCAAGUAAAAUCUUGCUUGUACAAGUUGAACCUGCAAUUUUGGACGUAGUAAAAUGGGAAAGUAAACCACCUUUUUCCUAAAUCAAAAAAUUAAUGAAUCUCUGCUAAGGCCAAAAAAAUUUCGUUUAUCCUCCCACCCUAGACUUACUUAGGGGGUGGGGGAUGAGACAGUUAGUGAAUUUUAUGGUUUUCUGUUUAUAGCCACUUUGUCACAAAUCUUGAGUCGCACAACAAUAAAAAUAGCUCUCAGGAGAGAGUAUGUGUUUACAGUUUUUGAUAUGUGUAUUGUGCACUUGCCAUUUUAUCUGCUUUCUAUGUCAUAUAAACAUGAAAUGUAACCUGUUUUGUCAAAGAAGAUAAAGUGUGAUUUCUUGCAUGGAAGAAAAAAUUUUGAUGCAUUAGGUUGCACUUCACCGUCAUGUCAAAAAGCACGCCGAUGACAAGCGUGAAAGUGGAAACAAAGAGUGACUUCUUGCAUCAAGAACAAAAAUGUAUAGAUUUUUUUUUUGGACAACGACAGGUCAUGUUUAUUUUUCUGACACAGUAGGUCACACAUCACUUUUAUGUUACAUGUAUGUAGCAUGCCAAUGCAAUGACCACAAUUACAGAGUACCCCUUUUUUGCAAAAUUUCUUUUGACUAGAAAAAAAAAUUGAUAAAAGGACAAGCAACUAGAGCAUAAUAGACUCUACUUGUUUAAGCGAACUGAAUCAAACUGUAUUUUGUAUCAGGGCUUCAGAAUUAUCACUUUUCUCAUGGACAUUACAGACAUUAUGGACAUUGUGGACUUACGACAUGCCUGCAUAGUGUUACAGUUUCUAUGGAAGCUGUCAACACAAAAAUGAGUAACAAAAAACAAACAACACAAUAAACAAGGCAAGAAAAAGGGAGUUUAAAGAAAUUACAAAAUGUUUGCUAAUCCGAUUUUCCAAAAAAUGGGUGGAUUUGAAUCAGCCUGUUUCUUACGGAAGUUUAUACAUUGUACAAGGCAAGGACUCUCCCCGGUAUGUUGCUGUUUUCUUCCCGAUACAUUUCUGUGGUUGCCUGUGAAGUUGGGAAGGCAAAAACACAAUAAUGUAUACAUUAAGAACAUGAAAAGUGAAAAGGCAUUUGUGGGGUAGGGCUUUUGGCAAAGGGUUGGGUAUGGUAUCGCAAUCUCUGUCAAGGGUUGUCGGCCAAAAUGUAGGCCCUUUCUUUUGUGCGCUAACCAGUUCACAUGUAUGGGCAACUUUUGUGAAUUACUGUAAAAUGAUUAUUUGGUUAUUUGAUGUGUGAAAUGUUAGGCCAAAUGUAACAGCAGACAUCCUCCUGGAGUUGAAAUCUACCGAAAGAAUGGACUUUCCAUAUUUGAAGUGGAUGGAAAAAACCACAAGGUCAGUUAACCCCAAGGGUGAUAAUAAUACCAGAUGCAAGUUAAAUUGAAGCAAAUCCUCUCACCUCUUUUGAACACAAAAGGCAGUUUCCAAAAUUGACUGAAUCGAACUUUAAAAGCCGUAAGGCAAGAGGGUAAAAAAGACAUGAAUAAUCCAACAACCAAUAAACUGUUGUGUUCUUUGGCCAUCCUAAACUUUAAUUGCAAUACGGAGGUCAUCUUUUCAUGUUGGGAUGCAGCAGUGAGCCAACAAACAAAACACUCCCAACUGAGUUUUCUUCAUGGAAGCUACUUGUAGCUUUUGCAAGCACUGCAUUAUUCAUAGUUUUACAUGUUUAAGUAUUCUCGAUAAAAAAGAUAAAUAAACUGCCUUUAUUCUAUAAUUUGUACUUACAUGUAAAGGUAAACUAUAUUUUCAGACAACUAGUGGGGAUUUAUGCUAUUUCAGUGGCUGUCAUGAUUGUGUAUAUACAUGUAGGGUCUGUUUUGACUCAUUCAUUUGUGUGAUUGCUUAUUUUCAACUCACCAGGUUUACUGUCAAAACUUGUGUUUGCUGGCCAAGUUGUUUCUAGAUCACAAGACCCUCUACUAUGAUGUGGAACCUUUCCUGUUCUAUGUUAUGACAACUGUAGACUCAACUGGUUGUCACAUGAUCGGCUACUUUUCAAAGGUACAUUUAACAGCUCUUAGCCCUUUCUUUGAUAAUAUAGCCGUGAACCCUAACGCAUUCGGCAUGUAACUUCCAGUACUGUCAUUAAAUGCCUGGGGUAGGGGAUUCCCCUCGCUACAAGAGAUACCCCUGAAAUGGAAUAUGUACCCCAAGAAAAAAGAACAAAAAUAGAACAAAAACAAUUCCCAGGGACUGACAACUUAAAAAAAAAACCAACGAAGCUGCUUUUGGUAUUAACUCGAUUGCAACUGACCCUUAGCCACUUUUGAAAAACACCAUGAUACUCUCUAAUAGGGUACUCGGCCUCAAUGAGGAAGUCUUAUACAGUCUCCUUUGUUACAAUGAGACAAAGACAAUGAGGGUAUGUACAGUCAGCUUCCAGUAGAACGGACAUUGCAGGUUUUUGUGUUAAAGGAAUCGUUAUUAAGGCUUAAUUCUAGAACAAAUAGAUAGCAGCAUUUUGAGGGCAACAAGUAAUCACAGAAACUAAUAAAAGUGGUUCGUACUUACAACAAAACAUAGUGUAACACUCAGGCGUACAUGUUGCACUACCCAAACUUGCACUUCAAAAGAGUAUUGUGGUAUUUUUUCGUAAAAUGCGUGUAAGAUCAAAAGAGUAGUAGCUAGGCGUAUAAUAGUUUACUGGCGUCAAAGUCCGAUACUUACUUUUUUAUGGGUUUUAUAUGUACUUCACUGCCACUUUGGCUGGGACCUGAAUGUUAAUAUUUAUUUGUUUUUUCUACUGCAGGAGAAAAAGUCGUUUUUGAAUUACAAUGUCUCCUGCAUAUUAACUUUACCAAUCUACAUGAAACAAGGAUAUGGCAAAAUGCUGAUUGACUUUAGUAAGUGAUGUUACAAUGUAUGCGUUGAUCUUAACUAGGAGAGAAAUUUCAUUUAAUUCAUUGGCAAAUGAUCUUUCAGAAAAUUUUGUUGGAGCUUAAACACGGCCAGAAUCCAAAAUUGUUUGUAAAUCUGAAUCUUAAAUCAGCACAAAGCUCUUUUUUAACUUGAAUACGACUUGCAGCAUAACUCACAUAAGAUUGUAAAUCUUAAUAUUUUACCUGCACAAAGCUGUUUUGUGUCUCACAAACACAAUUUUAUACAUGUACAAAUUUUAAAUCAUUAAAAAAAGUCCGUUACGUUAAAUAUCUAAUGUUUUGUUUUCCCGUUUUUCUUACGGUAAACCGUUAAGAAAACCUUAACUUAACUCUGAUCCACCUUGUAUUUUACAGGUUAUCUUCUAUCAAAAGUUGAAGGAAAAGUUGGUUCCCCUGAGAAGCCUUUGUCAGAUUUAGGUCUUAUUAGUUAUCGAAGUUACUGGAAGGGUAUUUUGCUUAAAUACCUCAAAAAUUUUGGUUUUGACAUGAUCUCAAUUAAGGGUAAGAAAGUCAUUGCGUCCGGGCCUCUUGCUUAAUUUGAGUUUCGCUUUCAAACAAACCUAUUUUAACCACAAACGUUCACUCCAAAUUACGGCUUCGUAAGAUUAAAGAGAUGUAGGGCAUACUGUUUAGUUUGCUACAUCAUAUUUGGAAGAAUUCGUGCACUGUGAUGGCGUGGUUUCUUCAGCUGUUCCUCGUGUUUCAGAGAAAUGUAGUUAUCACUGCCCGAAAAAGAAGAUUAUCCUGGGAAUUCUUCGGGCAUUUUCACUGUGGUAUUAAGUAACGCCAUCUGCAUAGCGAAACGCCCCUUUCGCGAUUAUGAAAUUAGAGACAAAGUGCUUAAAGCUACUGCUUGGCAUGAUCCCCGUCGGAGUUGUAAUUUUAAGAAACGAUGAAAUCUCCUUGAUUUUAUAGAGAUCAUAUAAUGUAUUCUCCUAGGAACGCCAUUUUGUCCUCAGCUUUCUCACAGACCCAGCCAAGAAUAUCCCCUGCCAAGUGUAAUUGUUAGUGUAAAAAGCCAGUUACCGUCUUCAGAAGAGUUGUGUUGGAAAGUUGUAAAAAACGCGCAUGUCGUUUCCUUUUAUGCGUAGAUAUUAGUCAGGAAACAGCAUUGCAUCCAAGUGAUAUUGUCAGUACCCUGCAGUAUUUGGGUAUCCUGAAGUAUUGGAAAGGGAAGCAUGUCAUCUUAAGAGCUACGGUAAGGCAACAAAUACGCGCCAAUAUUUAAUCAGGGACCACACUAGACAAUAUCCAACUGUAAAAGGAACCUUAAUACUCUUAAAUGUACGAGUUCCUCAUUUGGAUGAGUCCCCUUGUUAUUGUGCACAAAGGCAGCUUACAGUAGACUGUAGCUGUUUUGUGGUAAAGAAAUCCUUUCGACCCAAUUCUUAAGUAACUGGAAAGUCACAUUCGAAACUAUUAACUCGCUACCCACUGACUGCACAUUUCUAAGUAAAAUCUUAUGACCUAUUUCCAUUGCACAAUAGGAAUAAUUAUGUUUCCUGUUUUUAGGACCUUUUUGAUGACUAUGAAAAGAAAGUUGCAGCAAGGCCACCUGAAUACCAAGAGAUAGAUCCAUCUUGUCUUUCGUGGGUUCCACCAACUGCCCAAGAUGCAAAGCCGUAG